AACUUUAUUGAAGAGUAUUGCAGUUCAAAGUACUUACCAAGGUUCAUAGAACAAAUUACAGGACCUGGUUUAGGCAUUAUUCCUUGUUGGCAUGCAGAACUCUGUUGGAAGGAUGGAAGGUGGGACACUGGCUCACCCCUCAUCGUCUCCACAUUCACUUGGGCCCAACACAAGUGAGUACACAACGAAAAGUGUGAAAACCUUGCAUAUGCACCUUUCCUUGAAUUGGAACUGGAAACUUUAACCUUUUUUUGCAGAGGCACACACAAACUGUUAUACUAUUAAUCACUCCCUGUCUAUCCCGAAGCUCUUUGCAAUGAUGUCAUCUAUUUAUGGACAGGCAACAGAAAAGGCAGAGGUUCUACCUUCCAAGAGUUACUGGAUGCUAUACUAACAGGGAAGCAGUGUAAACGUUCAGGCAAACUCUCGACCUUAACAGCAGAGCAGCACACUGCAGCCUAAAGGUGAUCAUAUUCAAUAAACUGACCCUGAGUAAAAUGUAUUGUCAAAGGAGACCGGAAGUUACUAUUGCACGUUCUGUGAAAACACGAUCGUUCCUAUCCAGCCUAAUAGUAAUUGUCAGCGCGUUGGGAUUCAGGCUCCGUUGCAAACGCCAGUUUCACAUCCUCGUCCGUUGCGCAAUUCGAGGACUCCCAGGGCGCGCGCGACCCAAGCCAGCUUUGCAAAGCUGCAUUUUUCGGUCUGAGAGGAUCCGCCGGGCAAACUCCUUCCCCGCCCCUCCAGGCACGUUGCAGCCAUUUCCCUCGGCCCCUUUCUAGGAAGCAAUCUGGAGGGCUGCUGGCGCGGCUCAGCCGCGGCGGGACUCUCGGAGCGGGGCGGCGUUGCCCUUUUAAGACGAACCGUGUCAAGCUCGUGACGUCAGGGGAGUGCAGAGAUCUAGUCGCGGUGCCGCUUGCCCCUCUUUCUGUUAUUUCAGGCAGAUGCGGGGAAGUCGGAGGGGAGGCGGGUGGCUCUCCUGCCGGACGGAUUGGCUCGGGGCUGUUUUGCCCGCUCUGCUCUGCAGCCCAGGACGCUGGAAGCCACCUCUGGAGCGCCCCCCCUUUCCCGCGGCGGAGAGUUUUCGCUGAUUUUUUCCCCCUCUCGCUUUUCCUCCUUGCCAUGCACCAGGAUCUAACAACCGCCAGCGGCGGCGGCGGCGGCGGCAGCAGCAGCAGCAGGAGGAACUUCCCAAACAGGAACCUAAUGGCUGCGAAGGUGAACAUCUGAGCGCAAAGUCUUUCCCCAUCCUGCCCGGGGAAGAAAGAAGGCUGUGCAGAGCGUGCGAGGGAGAGCCGGCAACCAUGCGCCCGGGGGCUCAGCACUGAUGCCUGCGUCGCUGCCCCCGGCGGGAGAAUUCAGAGGCUCUCCCUCCUCUGGGGCGCCGCAAGCCGGGAACGUGUGACCCGGAGGCGCAAGGAGAAGAAGAGAAAGCGGGAGGAAGACUCGGCUCCGGCCGCCUGGGACUCCCGAGGCCGCCUUUGAACUUCCCUUGAACUCCCGGUUGCGCCUCUCCUUGCCUGGUCCCUUUCCGCCGGGAGAUUUAUUGUCCUUGCUGCAGUUUUUCGAGACGUUGUAAUUGUCUCUUUAAAAUAUACCUACACACAAACACACACCCCCAGAACUAUUUUUGGCCAAUAUCAUGGCGAUGAAAGGGGCUGUCGCAAACACCGGGAUCUUGUUAGUUACAGCCAACGUUGGAUCCCUGUUCGAUGAUCCAGAAAACCUACAGAAGAAUUGGCUUCGGGAAUUUUAUCAGGUUGUACAUGCACAUAAACCACACUUCAUGGCAUUACACUGUCAAGAGUUUGGAGGGAAAAACUAUGAAGCAUCUAUGUCUCACGUGGACAAGUUUGUUAAAGAAUUGCUAUCUAGUGAUGCAAUGAAAGACUACAACAGAGCCCGGGUUUAUCUGGAUGAAAAUUUCAAGUCGCAGGAACAUUUUACGGCACUGGGCAGCUUUUACUUUCUACAUGAAUCCUUGAAAAAUAUUUACCAAUUUGACUUUAAAGCUAAGAAGUACAAAAAAGUUACGGGGAAAGAGAUCUAUUCAGAUACGUUAGAAAGUACACCUAUGCUGGAAAAAGAAAAGUUCCCACAGGAUUAUUUCCCUGAGUGCAAGUGGUCCAGAAAAGGAUUCAUACGAACAAGAUGGUGUAUUACUGACUGUGCCUUUGACUUGGUAAACAUUCAUCUUUUCCAUGAUGCUUCCAAUUUAGUUGCUUGGGAAACAAGCCCAUCCGUUUACUCAGGAAUAAGGCAUAAGGCCCUUGGUUACGUACUUGACAGAAUUAUAGAUCAGCGGUUUGAACGAGUUUCAUAUUUUAUCUUUGGUGAUUUCAACUUUCGACUGGAUUCAAAGUCAGUGGUGGAG